AUGUCGCACGAUUAUUGCCAUAAAGACAAGUAUCUGUCAGAUCAGCUCAGCGGUUCAUCUCACAUGGAUGUCUCUGGAGUAGCGCCUCCACUGGCCGUGUUGUGCGGCGGCGAGGCGUACGGCAUCGACGCGUUGUUCUCGGUCGGAUUCAACGAUGACAAGAAUAUCGCGCAGCGGCUGUCCGACAAGACGGGGACGGGGUUCGUGAACCAGCGUGAUGCGAGAGCGUGA